AUGGAAAACUACAACAAAGAAUACCUGAUAUGCCAGCGUGGACCAGCACGAGCCGCAGGGAACCAAGAACUCACGGGCGAGCUCGCAAGGAUUUGCAGAGAGGCGAUAAAGGAAGACCUUAAAGAGAAAAGGGCAGAAGUGCUGGCUGAAGCUGCAGAGGCGGGGAAAAGCAUCCGCCAUGCCCGUCGAGACUUCGCCAGUCGCAAGACGAGGAUGACUGCUCUCCGGAACCCGAAGGGAACAACCAUUGCAUCGAGAAGGGAGAUGGAGAAAAUCAUCUACGACUUCUACUGUGAACAGUGGAAGACCAGCAAGACCGUGUUGUUGUAUAAAAAGGGAGAUCCACAUGACAUCGGCAACUAUCGUCCAAUCUGCCUACUGUCUGUCAUCUACAAGCUCUUUACAAGAGUGAUCCUUAAUAGGAUUGAAAAAGUCUUGGAUGAAGGACAGCCAUGCGAGCAAGCAGGGUUUCGAAAAGGAUUCAGCACGUUUGACCACAUUCACACUGUUUCGAAACUCAUCGAGGUAUCACGAGAGUACAAGAUGCCGCUCUGUCUCACCUUCAUCGACUUAAAGAAGGCCUUCGACUCAGUUGAGACGGAAGCGGUCGUGGAAGCCUUGGACAACCAAGGCGUCCCUACUCAGUACAUAAAGAACAUCAUCACUGACGCGAAGAGGGGGGUUCGACAGGGUGAUACAAUUUCACCCAAAAUAUUCACAGCCACCCUCGAGAACGCAAUGCGAAAGAUGGAAUGGAACGACAUGGGAGUAAAGGUUGAUGGUCGGCAGCUACACCAUUUGCGCUUUGCUGAUGACAUCAUACUGAUAACACCUGGCAUCAGCCAAGCGGAACGAAUGCUGACCGAAUUCGACGAAACAUGUGGAUGCAUCGGUCUUCAGCUGAAUCUACAAAAGACGAUGUUCAUGCGGAACGGAUGGGCCUCGGAUGCCCCAUUUACGCCCAACGGAACGAACAUAUUCGAAUGCACCAGCUACAUUUAUCUGGGUUGGAAAAUGAACAUGAUGAACGACCUGACCCCCGAGCUAGGCAGGAGGAGACGAGCGGCUUGGGGAGCGCACAAGAGCAUCGAGGAUGUAGUGAAGAAGACCAGGAACAUCCGGCUCCGUGCUCACCUCUUCAACACCACCGUACUUCCUGCUUUGACCUAUGCUUCGUAA